AAAGCAAGCCGGAUCAGCUGUUGUGGUCUGCUGCUGCUGCUGCUGCAACGCGAGACACAGGAGGAGGAAGAGGAGCACGGCGCCGCGCUGCCUCGCCACACCUGACCACACCUGCCCACACGUGCCCUGCUCUCCUGCCCACACCUGCUGGCCAUGGCGGCGUGCCUCAGGUCCCUCAGGCUGGGGGUGCCGCCCCUCGUGCAGGGCGCCGCGGGAGCCUCACGCCGCGCACCACCCCAGAGUGCCUCGAGUGUGGCAGCACUGCACCUGGGGGCCGGCACACACAGGGCCACACCUGCCCCCCUGCACCACCACCAGGGGGAUGGGGAGGGAGGGGAGGCAUGGUGGUGGAAUAACACGUUCUUGCCGCUGCGCUCUCUGGACCCCAUGGGACUGAUGGGCCUCAUCCCCUGCCCCACCGCCCACACUGUGGAUGACAUUGAGGUACAGUGCUCGUCCAACAACAACAACAACAACAAUAACAACAACCAGGCUGCUACCCCCACCACAACCAGCACCAGCAACAACAGCAUCAAAACCUUCCGUCUGCCUGCCAACGCGCUGUGGUACCCCAGAGACAGCACGAGGCAGGGCGGUGCUGUGGUCUGCUCCCUCACCUACAGCCCCAUUGAAGCAGAGGUCAUGAGCACCCUUGCCGAGCCCCAGAGGAGUGACAUGGGGGAAGGGGUGUGUGACAUGGGGGUGUUCAUCAAAAGUAUGGGGUUGAGAGAUGGGGAGAUGCAGAUGUGCGAGUCUUCCUCUUCCUCUUCUUCAAUGUCUUCCUCUUCUUCUGGUUCGCCGCCAAAUCUCGACUCCGAAGGGAAACCUGAUGCGGAGAAGUUGUCGUUAGUGUUUAACAGGCUCGCGGAAACGCUGCCCAAACUGUUCACACACCCCCUGGACUACACCAUAUACUCCCAGAACAUUGUCUUUGAGAACAGGAUCAGGGGCAUUCGGACUGUGGGUCUGUUUCCCUACGUACGCCAGGUGGCCCUUCUGCGCACUGUAGGUCACCUCAAAUUUGCGUACGUCAAGUUCGAAAUACUGAAGAUUACCAAGCAUCAAGAGGAGGGCUGUGUCAAGGUGCGCUGGAGGAUCAAGGGACUGUCUGGCAUCAAGGCCAUUUUCAAGUUCUGGAAGGUGAAGAUCUGGAACUGGAAGAGUGUGGAGGACCAGAUGGUGCACUGGUAUGACGGCUUCUCCACCUUCUAUGUGGGCGGAGACGGCCUGGUGCACACACACAUCGCUGACAGUAUGAUGCCAGACGAGGAGCAGCAGGUAGUAAGCAAGGACCCGCUAGCUGUCAAGAUGGCCGCCCUGUUAGGACUCGUUCAUAGACCAAACAGUGGAGGUAGUUUAAACUCCACUACUUCUACUACUACUACUGCUGCUACUGCUACUACUACUGCAUUACUACAGCAAGAUAGAGACUGUUGUUGUGGUCUGAUGUUGCCUCUUGAAAAAAUUCAUUAAGAAGAGGAAGAGGAGGAGGAAGAGGAAGAUGAGAAGAAAGAUCAAGAGGAGGAGGAGGAGUUAGAAGAGGAAGAAUAACAAUAAUAACAGAUAGAGGAGGAGGAGGAGGAGGAAGAAGAAUAAGAAUAAUAAUUAGUGGAAAA